CGCUCUUGUAUCGAUUUAGUGGCUCGUCAGUGGCGACAUGGGGUCGACAGCGAGCUACGCUGUCAAGGACAAGGCGACGAAGGAAAAUUGCACACCACAUCCUGAGCGCAACAACAAAAGCCAAACACCCGAUGUGCCUCAAGAAAAGACAGCGGCGAUGGCUCCUGCAACCGCUGGCAAGGCGGCCCUCAAGCGACAAGUCGGUCUUGGAAGUGCUGUCGCCCUCAUUAUCGGAAGUAUCAUUGGCUCAGGAAUUUUUGUCACACCUAGCUCCGUGUUCAGGAACUCUGGUUCUAUUGGUGUAGACUUGUUGGUGUGGGUUGUCUGCGGAAUCUUAAGCAUCAUUGGUGGACUGUGCUACGCCGAGCUGGCGACGCUGCUGCCGGCGUCUGGCGGGGACUACGCGUACCUGACGGCUGCUAGCAAAGUUCUGGGUCGCUUCGGCGACGCGCUGCCUUUCCUCCAGAUGUGGUGCUACUCCCUAGUCCUGGAUCCGAUGAGCGCCGCGCUGCAGGGCCUCACUUUCUCGAGCUACGCGCUCAGCGUCAUCUACCCUACUUGCGAAGCCCCUUACGAGACGACCGUGCUCGUAGCACUGAGCUUCACUAGCCUGGCUAUAUCUGUAAACUGCUUCUCCGUGAAAGCAUCUGCGAGAGUUCAAGACAUCUUCUCCAGCAUCAAGUGUAUCAUUUUGAUAUCAGUCAUUAUUACGGGAGCAGUAUUCGCUUCGACUACUACUCGCAACAAUUUUCAAGGUGAAGGCAUAUUCAACAAGCCGGAGUCUGCCAGCCGACUAGUCCUCGCGUUUUACGGUGCACUCUUCUCUUACGGAGGCUGGAAGCAAAUAUGCCUCAUCGCUGAAGAGGUCACCGAGCCAAGCAAGAACAUUCUGAGGGCCACCCUGCUCGGCAUCCUAACGGUAACCGCAAUCUACGUGCUCACCAACGUCGCCUAUUUCGUCGUCCUCGACUCGUACACCUUCGCGAGCUCAGAAGCGAUCGCCGUGUCCUUCACCACCGCCACCUGGGGAGCCAGAGCCGCCGUCGUGAUACCAGUGGCCGUCUCCAUAAGCACCUUCGGCACUGUCUGCGCUGGUUUCUUCAGUUCCGCACGCGUCAUCCUGGCGGCGUCCAGGCAGGGACACCUGGCGCCCAUCUUCUCCUGCAUCACGGUUCACUCGUCCACCCCAGUGGCCGCCAUCAUGCUCCGCGGAGCCCUAGCCUUGGGCUACACAUUUAUUGGUUCUAUUUCAUACAUCGUCGAAGCUUCCGUGUUCUUGGACAACGCGUGGGAAAUCGCAGUGCUCCUGUGCCUAUUCUGCUUCCGGCGCACCAUGAAGGAGGCACACAGACCAUACGCUGUUCCGCUGCCCCUGGCGGUAAUCAAGUUACUAGUGUCGAUUGCUCUGUUCGUGAUACCCUUACUGCGACCCGUGGACUACGUGCAGUACGUGGUCAUCCUGGCCAUGUUAGUCGCCGGUGGUGCUUACUAUACGGUGUUCGUUGUGUUCGCACACAGUGUUCCCGGAAGUGAACACGUCACGCGGUUUCUCCAGAAAGUUCUGGUUUCGGCGCCGUGCACGAACGAGCUGGAGAUCAUGUUGAAAGAGAAGAUGUGACAAACGUGCGUCUGUGCUGCAAACGAAGGCGAGGGCAACUCUCUGUGAAUGUACUUCAGAACACGUAGUGCCCUGAACACCGGGAGAAACGUGUGCCUUGUGUUUAUUUUGUAUUCUGUCUGAUUAGUGUGGUAAAUUGAAGUACGAUAAACUACCAACACACCCAAACA